AUGCAAGCCGCUUUGGAUGCAUGCGCGGGCGGUGGCGCCACGGUGGCGCCAGUCAAUAUCUGCAAUGCAUUGGGACAGGUCCUCAAGGACUUCCUCGUGUGCGACAAAAUGAGGAGCGACAUCGCACACCUGGCAGCUUGGCCAGCUCUUCUUCUGCUCGUCUUUACCGCUGUAGCGGUCCAGUCUCGUGAUGAGGGUUUUGGCGAAACUCCUCCUCUUACAUCCGGCGCAUCGUUACCAGCAAGGAGGCAGCUGAUUGAGGACACUGGGCUGUGGACCUAUCCCGCUUCACCAUACAACAACACAGGAUACUAUGCCGCUACGAUCGCACGACAGUCGCUCUCACCCGGCGCCACAUUCAACGUGAGCAUUGCUCAGGACGAAAGCAAGCUGCUCGAGGACGUGAUAGUCAGCGCCUCGUCUUUCAAGGACCCAUCAACAGAUAUUUCUGGGUCUCCCAACAUCAGUGUCGCCUGCACCCCUGGCUAUGGGGAGCCCCUCCUGAACGCCACCCCUCAGGCCUUCUGGUGGGCGGAUGAGCCCUACUGGGAAGCAGGCUUGAAGAUUCGAGUUCUGGACGAACGCCAUCUGAGGGUCGAACAGGGCAUUGCCUUUCGGACCGGCACUGACAUUGGAUCCAAUAUCACAGUUGUAAGAGGCGUCAUCUGCACGAUCACCAACCAGGGAGAAGUGCCCAUCAAGCUUGAUGUAACUGUCUCUGUCGAUCCCAGCACCCGAUAUGACCCCGAGGAAUGGACAGAGCCCGGAGCCCUGCGUGCCAUCUACGGAAGCUGCUGCAAGGGCAAGGCGGCCUGCCCUGAGUGGAAGGCAAAGAGCGAGGAGCUUGUCUACGUGCCAUCCCCAGAAACCAAAAAGAUCUUGACCGACUGGUGCCAGUUCCCGGGACAGACCUGCCACGCCAAUGGAUCCCUGGAGACCAUGGACUUUUCGAAUUUAAAUUUGCAGUGCAGCUUCCCCUUCUCCCGUCUGGCGGCGUUCCCUUCCAUCACCUUCCUCACGAUUAGUGACAACCCCGAUAUGACGGGCACAUACAACGACCUCUUCACAGCCGCAAAUGACCUGCUGGCACUGGAGGGCCUAGCGCUGACUGGACCUCUGGGGCUUAAGGGCAAUCUGGCCCCAGACUAUGUCGACCUGUCCGACAACACAAUGGCGGCCGAUUCGCAGAUCUGUGAGUUAGUCAGCGCUGAGUAUAAUGGCGUCGCCGUGCUCACUCUCAAGGACCUUACAGGCCUGACUGGACCUGUACCUGCCUGUCUCUUUGAGAACACCUCGCUCUCUACGCUCUUCAUCGGUGGAACGGGCCUGUCCGGCCCGCUGCCUGCAUACAAGAGCGGCACCAUUGAGAAUAUGAAUGUCACUUUGGCUCGUGGAUUUUCCACCUGA